AUGACCUAUUCAGAACUACAGGUAGUGCUUGAAGUUGUUUUAGAAGAACUAAAUAGUGAUAAUGUACAACAAAAAUGCAAAAUUAUGGAAAAAUGUUUUGAUCACACAUUUGAUUUAAUAUUAACUGAAAAAUUCGUCAUAGAUGGAAUUGAUCCGGAGAAGUUUAAGAAUGGUGUGCAGUUUUUACUUGAAAACAAAGAAGAAACUAAAGAAUGGAGCAAUGUUAACAAAAUAAUUUACAAGGGACUGGUACUUAUUUACAAUAACAGUAAGCAAAAAGAAAGGUUUUGUUUUUUAAACAAAAUUUUGAAGUAUUUUUAUAAAAAAUUCGUCCAAAAACUCAUUGAAAUACAACAACCAUCUCACAUUAUUUCUUUGGAAGACUUUAUGAAUCUGGUAAGAAAUAUGUUACGUUUUGUGAAAUUAGAAGUUUUAGCUCAACGUUUCUGCUCAAAAACUAUUGACUUUGGUGAUAUAAAAGAAGCUAUGGAAGAAGUUUAUGAGUGUAUAAGAUACCCUAAAAUUCUCAGAGAAGAUUGCUACCAAAUCAUAAGGAAUAAAUUAGAAACACAAAAAGUAACCUUUUUGGGAUUUAAAGUAGAGCAGAGUCACGAAAAAAACGGAGAAUGUAGUGACUACUAUAGGCUCAAUAUUGACGUAGCAGAAAAAAAUCACAUCUACACUCAUAAAUUUUUUAUUAAGUAUCUACCAAAAAAUAUAGAAGAACUAUAUAUGGAAAUUACUAUGUCCUUUGCAAAAGAACAGAAAUUUUAUACAUCUUUUAUUCCUAUGCUUGAAAAGCUGGGAUUUAGCAAUAUUACCGAUUUUGCACCAAAAUGUUACUUCUCUUGCAAAAACUUGUUUCUGGUUUUAGAAGACCUAUCUGUAAAAGGCUAUAAGAACUUAUCUUUGAAUAAACCGUGGACUCAACAUCAAUUAUCUCCAAUUUUAAAACAGCUGUCCAAACUUCAUUCUUGUACUAUAUUAUUUGAACAAAAAAUGUCUCAGCUACUUGGUUAUGAAAUUAAAAUCAACGACUACUUUUCUGAUAUGGUCUCUGAAAGUGCUAUUAGUAGAGACAUAAAAUCAGCUCCCAUGAGUCAUGCUUUCAUAGCUGGAAGUCAUCAUUUAGUUCAAAAAUAUUGCAAUGUUCUUAAUAUCAAAAAUUCCAACCAAAUUACAGAAAUAGCUCUAAAGAAACUACAGUCAAAAUUUGAUGUACUUCAACCAUCGACGAAAUACAGAAAUAUUAUUAAUCACGGUGACCUCUGGUCAAAUAAUAUUAUGUUUGCUGAAAAUUCUUCUGAGUGUAUUUUGAUAGAUUUUGCUUCAAUAAGAUGGUGUCCGCCAGCUUGUGACUUCUUAAUUCUGCUUAUGAUAAACACAGACAAAAUAACUAGAGAACAUUACUCACUAGUUCUCUUUAAUCAAUAUUACCUGAGCACACAAUCUGUAUUAAAUCAACACCACAUCAACAGUAAGUCUGCGAUUUCUCGUCAUGAGUAUCUAGAUUUUUUUAAGGAGUACAAAAUAUCGGUUGCUUCAAUUGCUUCAGGUUAUCUGCAGGUGAAACUCCUGGUGGAAGUUAAUGAUCCAACUGGAGGUGAUCAAAGUCUUCAGGAUCACUUUGUUAAUCCAGAAAGCAGACGUAGGGUGUUGGAUAAGAUGUGGGAUCAGAUGAAAGGUAAUUACAGACUGGAAGAAAUUAUUUGCGAAAUUAUAGAUAUUCUAUCAAUUAGUUGCAAUGAAGUUAUUUAA